AUGUGUCUUUCGCUCGAUUAAUGAACAUAUCUGAUUUCAUUUUUAUCUUGACAGUUGAGCAAAAGUUUGACUCUUAGGAGACAUCAGUUGUUUUAUCUGAUACAAUGAAAAUCUUAGAGAGGAGUUAUUAUCAUUCUACUGGUUAGUCAUACAACAUAUUUUCCUCACCAGGUAAAAUAGCAGUCGAUAGAUUGACUGCUUUAAUCAAGUUGUGACGUUCUGUAUAGUAACAGCAUAAACUCAACAACGAUGAUAAAAAAAGUGGUGAAAGCAAUUAUUUUGGGAGCUCCUGGAUCAGGAAAAGGGACAAUUUCAGAACGAAUCCUGAAAGAUUUUUCAAUGAAGCACUUAGCCAGCGGAGAUUUAUUAAGGUCUCAGAUUUUAAAAGGAACAGAUAUUGGAGUCUCUGCAAAGAAAUACAUUGACAAAGGUCAGUUGGUACCUGAUAACUUGGUGCUUCAGUUGAUUCUUGAAACUGUACAACGCCAUAAAGAUGAUACAUGGCUCUUGGAUGGUUUUCCAAGAACUCUAAAUCAAGCAGUCACUCUAGACAAAAUACAACCGAUUAAUUUUGUAAUCAACCUCAAUGUUCCUUUUGAUAUCAUCAUAGAACGAAUUAAGGGAAGGUGGAUUCAUAUGCCAAGUGGUCGAGUUUACCAUACUGAGUUUAAUCCACCCAAAGUGAAAGGAAUUGAUGAUGUCACUCAGGAACCUCUCGUCCAAAGAGAAGAUGAUAAACCAGAAACUGUAAGGCAUCGUCUAAAUGUCUAUAAGGAGUUAACUCAACCAGUUUUGGAUUUUUACAGAAAGAAUCAAUUACUGGAAGAAUUCACUGGUAACUCAACACCAGAAAUCUGGCCCAAAGUUCGACAAUUUAUAUCAACUAAAAUCGAGCCAGUCCAGAAAACUGAAUAUAAGUAAUUGUUUAUGGAAAUAAGACUUCUUUUGAAGGAAAAACGUUAUUGAUGAAUGAAAAUUUUUAUUCUGUAGAAAGCUUUUUAUUCUAUAGAAAAUUUAAACACUCGUCCAAAUUCCAUUUCAGUGCCACUAUAUUUUGUAUACAUUUUAUUCUAUUUUUGUUUUUUUUUAUAAUUUUUUUCUGAAGUAUAUAUUAAGGGUCCAAACAGAUUUGCUAACCAUUUUUGUAGAUUUGCUAACCACAUAUUAUACAUUGUUAUAGUUUUUAUGGAACAACGUGAUUCUUUGAGAAAUAUAUAUAUACAAAAUUAUAUAUAUAUAUAUAUGUAAUUUUUGUAAGUCAUCUUGCCAGACAUUCAAAAUUUUGUAAACAUUUUUUUCUGUUUUGUUUAUGAAAUCUAAGUAAAACAAAUGUGUAUUUUUAGAGAUCAGAUGAAGUGUAUUUUUAGAGAUCAGAUUUUAUUUAGCUUACACCGGUAAAUGGUUCCAAGUCAUGUGACUAAACUCAAAAAAUGACAUAUCACAAGUAAAAACUUUAUCUUAUAUUUGUUUUAACAAAUAGUUUGUACAUAUUUUCACAUGUAUCUUAUUUGAUCUGUUACUUCAGUAUUGGGUUUUAGGUUUUUAUGCUUUCAGAUAUAUUCACUGGUUCUGACAUAUUGUCUGAUCAAUCGACUGAAGUUGAGCUUCCUUUUUUUUUUCUAUUAAUUUCUUUAAAAAAAAAUGAUGUAAACUCAAAAAAGAUACAACUCGAAAUGAUGUAAGUUGAGGCAUGCCUGUAUAUUAUUUUUACAGAGAGAUUAUUCUGAUUUUAUAUCAGUAAUACCAAACCAUUACCAUAUUGGUCUUCUUAUUGUCUAUUCCUUGUCAUUACAUUCACUUAUCUUACUAAUACUUUUGAGAAAGGCAUGAGCGUCAUGCAAUCUCAUUUCAACUAUAAAUAUAGAUAGCUUUGUGUGUAUAAAAGAUUGUUGUUAUUGCUAUUAUUGUAGUAUGCAAUAGAACAAAAGUUAAAGUUCUUGGAAAGACAAAAAUUGGUUUUGAUGUUUUGAUUGACAUAAUCUUACCUUAUUAACAACCCUGGGAAAAGCAUGACGUCACAGUAUAUCAUUUACCUCAUUUCUUAAGAUAUAAUUAUCUUUGUUCUCAUUCAACCUUAUUGUUAUUGCUGUGGCAAAUGUUGUUAUAAGAGGUACAAUCUCACUGAGCCAAGACUGUAGUGUGAUUUUAGUUUCUGGUUGAAGCCAUUCUAUUUUACUUCUACCAUUAGUGCCCUUAGGAAAGGCAUGCACCUCACAACUUCUUAUUGUCUGCUUUUUUAAAAUGUGGGACGCAUGUGCUUUGUGGAAAAACUACCUCUAAUAUUCCAUUGAAUGUUAUCUCUCUAAUGAAGUAAUUAAAGUUACAGUCAACUGGGCUUCAGAAGAGUUUAAAAAAAAUUUUUAAAUUUUUUAUAUAGUACCAAAUUUUGAAGUGAAGAAAAUGCUUAUUGUAAGAAUUCUAGUAAGGGAUUGGUACACAUGUUGUCAAUUUUGGUAUGAUUGAAGUUAGUUUUGAUUUAUACAUAAUUCAAUCUCAGACAGUAUAGAUGGCCAAAAAUAAACCCUGAAAUGUAUCAGGUAAUCAUUAUGACUUUGUUAGGCCAGCAACAAGUUAUUGAGUUUAUGAAGAUUGUUUAAAUCUACAUAAUUGUAAGAAAGCAUGAAAAUGUAUGUUUUGUAGAAGAAAAUUACAGAAGCUAUAAAACAGUAAAGUAAAUCCCUUAGACAUUACUGUUGCAAGUCCUAGGAUUCAUGGGGUUAGUUAUCUGGUUUCUAUAGUGUAUAAGUGACUGAGAUUACAGCAUUUUCACUGAAUGGGAUGCUAGUCCAUUGCAGAGUUGGUCAUUAACAAAUGAAUGAACUGGAGCAAUGUGAGAUGAUGUUUUUCUCAAGAACACAAUGCACCAUUGGUCUGGGAACCAAAACCAUAAUCUUAUAAUCAUGAGUGCAACACCCUAACUACUAGUCCACAUACCUUCUGCUAUAAAACUUGACAACUAUAGUAAGACUAAACUCAAAUGUAUGCAGUUAAUGAAUGAGGCAAGUAGAGGAAAACUAGAAAUUCCUAUUGAGCUGUGGUCUGUGACACUACUGUAUGUAAUUCAUAGAGAUUUAUAAUUCUGUUUUUUUUUUUUUUUAUCACUGCUUCGAGAAAGAUCUGAAUGUCUGUUAUACAAUCUUUUUUUACAUUCCUGUAUAAGAUCUGAUUUGUUUUUCCUAUGACAGGGAUUAUUAUUAUUCAAAGAUCUUAAGGCAGCAAACUGGCGGAAUCAUUUGUGCAGUGGACAAAAUGCUUAGUGACAUUUCUUUUGGCAUUAUGUUCUGAGUUCAAAUUCCACUGAGGAGAGGGCAGUUUUGUUUUUGAUCCUUUCAUGGGUCAAUAAGAUAAGUUGAUCACUGGGGUUGAUGUAAGUGACUUACCUCCUCUCUCUAAAUUUGCUGGCCUUGUGCCAAAAUUUUAAAUUAUAUUAACAGUGUUGAGCUGAUAUAACCGUUAGCAUGCUGGACAAAAUGCUGCUAAGUAUUUUGUUCGUCUUCACAUUCUGAGUUCAAAUUCUACCAAGUUGACUUUGCCUUUCAUACUUUCAGGAUCAAUAUAACAAAUACCUGAGCACUGGGGUCAAUGUAAUCGACUAGCCCCUUUCCCCAAAAUUUCAGGCCUUGUGUAGAAAGAAUUAUUAUUAUAGACUUAGCACCUUCUGAGAUAUCCCAAGUAGACAAUUCCUAUUUCGUUAUGUAAGUAUAUUAAAUUUUUUCUCGUGGAAUUGUUUUAAUGCAAACAAAAGCUUUGUGUAACGCCUGAUUCAAGCUUUCACUGAGACUCUCCGCAAAGUUGUAUAAGAAGUAUGGCAAUGGGUCUAGUUUAGGAAUAAAAUGUUCUAUUCCUUAUGUCUUCCUAGCUAAGGCUAACGAUAGGCUGAUGAUAAAUACCUUUUAAUAUAGUCAUAUUUCCUUAAAUUGUUUUACUAAGGUAGAAACUUAGGAGCCUAAUCUAUUAUCUUAUAUAGAUUUUCCAUCCAUUUUGGGUGACUUCCUUGAUUUUAUACGUUUGCAUAUUAUUUAUGUAAUUUUUUUAUAUUUGUUGAAUGCGUUUUCAAUCAUUAACCACUCAAUCAUGAAGCCAAGGAUUAAGGAAAACUAAGUUAUGUCCCUUAACUAAUAUAUAUAUGAAUAUAUGGAAGUUGAUUUAUGAAGUAUGAAUAUUGCUUGUUCUUGGGCUACAAAGCCAAGAGAUAAACUACAUGUAUACACACACACACAUACAUACAUACAUACAUACAUAAUAUAUGCAUAUAUAUAUAUAUAUAUAUAUAUAUAUAUAUAUAUAUAUAUAUAUCAUGGACUCUCCCAUCGUUGGACGAUGUAGGAGGGUUCAACAAGAAAUUGCCAAACAACCACACAGAUGAUUUAUUUAUAAUGAUCAAAUGUUUGUGUACAUAUAAGCUCAUUCCCUCCAUCAAAUCGACAUUACCUGUACAGGUGCACCGUGUGCCACAUGUCAGAUGACGAAAUGAUUGCAAAGCAACGUGAAAUGUAGUGCUUUGCUCCAGAACACAAUGCAACGCCUGGUCUGGGAAUUGAACCCAUGAUCUUGCGAUCAUGAGUGCAACACCCUAACUACUAAGCCAUGUACGUUCACACACACACACACACACACACACACACACACACAUACACACACACACAUAUAUAUACAUAUCCUUCUAUUUAUAAACGCUAAUGAUAGGGUAGCUGCUGAAGGAUCUAUUCUCACUGGCUGCUGCUGCUGAGGUAGUUUUUCAUCUCUGAUAUUUAUUCUGUUUUUUACACAGCAUGUUCAUAAGAGAUGUUAUUUUAGAACUAAUAUCAGUUAUAUUUUUAUAUUGUUGAGCAGUAUAUUACUGAUUAUGGCAUAUAACCAAUGGCAAUAUUUGAUUGAUUAUAUAUACAGUGUAUAUAUAUAUAUUAUCUUGUAUUGUUUCAGCCAAUUGACUGUGGCCAUGGUGGGACACCUCUUUGAAAGGUUUUAGUUGAACAAAUUGAUCCAGAACUUAUUUCUUUUAAAGCCUAGUACUGAUUCUAUUGGUCGUUUUUGCCAAACCGCUAAGUUAUGGGGACAAACACACACACACACACACACACGCAUGCAUAUGAACGACAGGCUUUUUUCAGUUUCUGUCUACUAAAUCCACUCACAGAGCUUUUGUUGGUCUGAGGCUAUAGCAGAAGACACUUGCCCAAAGUAUCACACUGUUGAAUUGAACUCAAAACCAUUUGUUUGGGAAUCAAGCUUCUUACCACACACAUACACACACACAUAGUACAUGACAGAAGAUUAUAGUGUGAAAUGAUUUAAUUCAUAACAUCUUUACAUGCGUUUCAGUGAUAAUUACAUAAUCAUUACAUCAUAUUCAAUGUUACGUGUGACCACUUCUUCAGAACGUUAUGUGCAACCACUUCAGAAACAGUAUAAGAAGUGAGGAAGCAUGUAUGUUUAAUAGUUGUUUGAAAUAGAGACAUUGUAGAUUAGUAACAAGUAUGUAAUUUGGUCUCAGCUUAAUGGACUACAUAAUUAACUUCCAACCAUAUAGAUCAGAGUGUAAUAUAAAAGUUAAAUGUAGAAUAAAUAGUAUAAUAGUACUGAAUCAUACAGACACAUACAUAUAAUACACACUCACAUACACGUGUGUGUGUGUGUGUGUGUGUAUAUAUAUAUAUAUAUAUA